AUGACUGUUGCACGUGACAACGGUACACUGUUGCCAACUGUUGCACGUGACAACGGUACACUGUUGCCACCUGUUGCACGUGACAACGGUACACUGUUGCCACCUGUUGCACGUGACAACGGUACACUGUUGCCACCUGUUGCACGUGACAACGGUACACUGUUGCCAACUGUUGCACGUGACAACGGUACACUGUUGCCACCUGUUGCACGUGACAACGGUACACUGUUGCCACCUGUUACACGUGACAACGGUACACUGUUGCCACCUGUUGCACGUGACAACGGUACACUGUUGCCACCUGUUGCACGUGACAACGGUACACUGUUGCCACCUGUUGCACGUGACAACGGUACACUGUUGCCACCUGUUGCACGUGACAACGGUACACUGUUGCCACCUGUUGCACGUGACAACGGUACACUGUUGCCACCUGUUGCACGUGACAACGGUACACUGUUGCCACCUGUUGCACGUGACAACGGUACACUGUUGCCACCUGUUGCACGUGACAACGGUACACUGUUGCCACCUGUUGCACGUGACAACGGUACACUGUUGCCAACUGUUGCACGUGACAACGAUCAACCUCAGAUCUCUCACCCAACCUCGAAGAUCAACCUCAAAUCUCUCACCCAACCCCGAAGAUCAACCUCAAAUCUCUCACCCAACCCCGAAGAUCAACCUCAAAUCUCUCACCCCAACCGCGAAGAUCAUCCUCAAAUCUCUCACCCCAACCUCGAAGAUCAACCUCAAAUCUCUCACCCCAACCUCGAAGAUCAACCUCAAAUCUCUCACCCAACCCCGAAGAUCAACCUCAAAUCUCUCACCCCAACCCCGAAGAUCAACCUCAAAUCUCUCACCCCAACCGCGAAGAUCAACCUCAGAUCUCUCACCCCAACCCCGAAGAUCAACCUCAAAUCUCUCACCCAACCUGGAAGAUCAACCUCAAAUCUCUCACCCCAACCUCGAAGAUCAACCUCAAAUCUCUCACCCAACCCCGAAGAUCAACCUCAAAUCUCUCACCCCAACCCCGAAGAUCAACCUCAAAUCUCUCACCCCAACCCCAAAGAUCAACCUCUGCAAGCUAUGCACACGUUGAAGACUAAGAUUCUGGCUCUUCACGCUCCCGAGGGCGGUCGUCAGCGGCCGAAGAGUCCAAUAAAGAUGUCUUCUCCUCGGAGCCGCUGCCUCCAACUAUCCUGA